CAAAGAGGGAACAAGGAAAAUCUAGAGUUAAACGAGUUAUACGAACAAAAAAUCAGCAGAUUUCAGGUUAACAACGAUUAAACAACUGACCAUAAUUGCGCUAGAGUGUUGCAAUAUACUCGCCGAAAUACACAGUAAUCAAAUAAAUUUAUAAAUACUAUUCUCAAAAUAAAUUUGUUGGUAAAAAAGAAAGUCACAAGCAGGACGAAGAUAUGCAAGACGGAGGUGCCGGUCCCUCCAGACAAAUGGAUUCCGAUCCAACUGGACAGCCGGAAACGUAUACAUGCCAUUUCUGUUUACGGACAUUCACUUCUGAGAUCUACUAUUCCGAUCAUUUAGAGUUACACGACACCGGAUAUAAUUAUCCUUGCUGCCAUUGCAACUUAAAAUUCAUUUCUGAGUGGGAUAUGCAUGAACAUGUAAAAAAGUAUCACAAGAAUGUUUGUUUAAAGUGUAAUAAAUGCGACAAAGUUUUUGUGAAUUUAAAAUUUCUUGAACACACAAAAAAAAUGUGUCAUUAUGAUGGCAAGAAAGCUUCUAAACCGAAACAGGAUUGCGGGUCAGAGGGUAAGAGAAAGAGGCACGAAUGGGACAACUCUGACGCGGACUCGGAAGAUGAUAAGCAAGAGGAACGUCCCGGUCCCUCCAGACAAAUGGCUUCCGGUUCAAUUGGAGAUAAUAUGCAAGACGAAAGUGUCGGUCCCUCCAGACAAAUGGAUUCCGAUCCAACUGAACAGCCGGACAAUGUACGCAAAAAAUCCGUAACAACGGAGGAACAGAAGUACGAGUUGAAACGUAAGCAAAGGAAUCUCGAACGCGAAUCCUUAAAAAGAAGUUAAAGCGUAAGAAGAAGAAGCUCGGAUCCAAAAUCUCUGACGCGGACACGAAAGAUAAUAAGCGUUACAUGUGUGAUAAAUGCGGGAAAUUUUUUGCGAAUUCAUCCAGCCUUAAAAGGCACAAAAGGACAUUUCAUAAUAAUGGCAAAGAAGCUUCUAAACCGAAACAGGAUUGCGGGUCAGAGGAAAAACAAAAGUACGAGUUGAAGCGUAAGCAAAGAAAUCUCAAACGCGAAUUUAAAAGAAAAAAGGUACAGGAGUACUGGUUGAGUCGUAAGAAAAGGUCCGGAGGCGACAACUCUGACACGGUCACGAAAGAUAAUGAGCAAGAGAAAGGUGCCGAUCCCUCCAGACAAAUGGAUUCAGGUUCAACUGGAGAUAAUAUGCAAGCUGAAAGUGUCGAUUCCUCCAGACAAAUGGAUUCCGAUCUAACUGGACAACCGGACAAUGCACAUACGCGUUCGUCGCACACUGUUGGUCGAUGGAAAUGUGAUUUUUGCACGAAAUCUUUUGCGGAUUUACGCUUGCUUUCACAGCACGAAGAGAAAGAGCAUAAGAAAGAAAAGGAAAUGCGAGACGGAGAUGCCGGUCCUUCCAGACAGAUGGAUUCCGGUUCUAAAUGAUAAUUGAAGGAGAAGAGGAACGUAACAAUGUGAUAAUUAAAAAAGAAGAGGAACUCGAUCCUGCCUGGCCGUGACGAAGACUUAUCUCAACAUCUUGAUUUUAUACUGGACUGCACACCAGAUUGAGAAGAACAAAAUUGAAGACGUUGAACCUAUUGAACAAUCCAAGGUUAAUCAGCAGCGCGAUGACAGCUCCAGACAGGAUAUUUAUGUAGCACAACAAGAAGGCGACGAAUCUUUUGGAUCUGUUUCGGGCCUCUUGCAAUACUCCUCUUCAUCCGAUAUAAAUAUGAAGAUUUCGAACUUCUAAUAAAGAAUAUUUCAAGUCUCUAAUCUUAAAAUUGACGCGCAAAAGCCGCAAGCAUUGACAAGUAGAAUCGAGUUGGUCGAAGGCGAAGAAGUUCAACAGCAAAGUAUACAUCGCUAAAGCAUUUUGCACAGCACCAAUAUGACAGGAAAUUGAAAUGUAAAAUUGCGACACGGAUUUCAGUAAGCUCAACCAAUGGUACAGAUACAAAUGUCAAAACGAAGA